ACAAGAUUAUGGGUGACAGAUUGAAUUUGAAGGGACAAGAAGGAAAUGCUGAAGAAUGCGCAAAUUCUUCAGAUAAUGUCAAAGAAAUGUUUACAGCAACCACCGAAUUGUCAAAACUCACUCAAAAGGACACAGUGAUAGAGGGAAGUGCAAGAAAAGCAAUUACAAUUUUGGUAGCCAUUUUUCUGUCCUCUCUUUUGAGCUUGGGAAUUGUUUAUUAUAACUUUCCAGAAUUACAGGAAGAUGAAAAACUUCAUAUUAAGCUUCCAAAAAACAUUGAUGAUGCCAAAAACUUAGGAAAAGUUCUCUCUCGUUACACGGGUGAUCAUUUCUAUACCGUUAUUGGAGGUUACUUUCUCACUUAUAUAUUUCUUCAGUCAUUUGCAAUUCCAGGAUCAAUAUUCCUAAGUAUACUUUCUGGUUUUCUCUUUCCUUUUCCUUUAGCCCUGACAUUGGUAUGUUUGUGUUCUGCUCUAGGAGCAUCCUUUUGUUAUAUUCUUUUUUAUUUGGUUGGACGUAAGUUAGUCUUGAAAUACCUACCAGUUCGAGCAGCAGAGUGGGCAGGACAUGUGAGUCGACAUAGAUCUCAUCUUCUGAACUAUAUAAUAUUUCUUCGUAUCACUCCUUUCCUUCCUAAUUGGUUCAUAAACAUCACUUCUCCUGUAAUAGAUGUUCCACUGGCACCAUUCUUUUUGGGAACAUUUCUAGGUGUGGCUCCUCCAUCAUUUGUUGCAAUUCAAGCUGGAACAACACUGCACCAGUUGACUUCAUCUCGUGAUGCUUUCUCCUGGACAUCUCUAACUGUGCUAAUUGUUUUUGCUCUUUUGUCAAUGAUUCCAGUACUAUUUAAAAAGAAGUUGAAGGAAAAGUUUGAUUGAUUUUGAGUAAAGUUAUGAUUUGUCAUUAUUAAGGAUGAUAAAAGGAGUAUGAAUUAUUUGUAGUGUGUUAUAGCUUUGUUCAAUUUAAUUUUUAAGAGUAUUGUAAUUUUUCUUGUUAUUUAUUGAGUGACAAGGAUUAUUUUAACUUGCUUGUAAACAAAUAAGUCAUAUUUAAAAUUUUCAUUUAAAGUAUAAUAUUCUCAACUGAUACCCUUAAAAAGAAAAUGCAUAUAAUAACACAAUGUUACACUAUAAAAAGAAACAGUUCCUUAAUUUUACAGAUAUAAUAUACAGUCUUAACAACUGUAAUGUUACAAAAACAAAGAAAAGGAUGUAUAGACCCCCCUCCAUUAAUAAAAGUUGCUCACAUGCAAAUAGAUAAUUUUCUGCAGCAUAAUUUAUGAAUUAUCUCUGCUCAUUAUUUUAAAUUUGGUAACAGAAACUAUGAUGUAGUUGAAACAAGUGGUAUUUGUAUAUUUAUUUACCAGAAUGGUGUUUUAUUCCUGAAAUUUUAUCUGUUUUGAUAAACACUAUUUCAUGAAAGUUUUCCUUAUUUUAUUAAAAACAUUCCUUCAUGCUUCAAAAUCAUGCCUAUAAAAACUAUGAUGCUAAUGUAAUUGUGGAUGUAAGUAUACAUUUUCAUCUGUUUCUUACAAAGUAUUAUUUUCCAGCAAAAUUGUAAAGGCUUUCAGUUUUUACUUAUUUAUCCUGGAUAUUAUUAAACAAUUUUACUUUAGAAAAUAUAAGAUUUACCAAGAGUAGAAAUUUUACAAGAAAUCAUUCCUAUUAUAAUAUCUCCAGUAAAAUAUAAUCACUUUAAAAAUAUAAUAUUGAAAUAAACUCAAGUAAUAUUUAUUUGUAUCCACAAUUAAAAAUGUUUGUGUGUUUAUGGUUAUGGAUUAGAGAGAAACAAAUAUCUAAUAAAACAAUCAAAAAUUGCUAGCUGAUUUAGUCUGUAGUUUUCGGAACUACGUGUAGUAUUAGAUAAGAAAAUGUUAUGUGCUUCAAGAAUUUGAAAUGAGAAAGUACGUGUAACAAUUUACCUUCAGUUUCAUGAAAUAAGUCGGUUAACUGGAAAAAUUAAUGUGGUCAAAGAUCUAGUUUAUGUAUGGACAGUAACAGAAGUGUUGAUCCAUAAUAAUAACACGCCUAAACCCCCGUAUUGAUAAAGGAUUCACAUAUUUAAAGUUAUAAUACAUUUGAGAAUGUCUAGCUUCACAUGAUCAUAUACUAGGUAAGCUUAAGGUUGUGUGUAUUUAUAGAAUGUGCACCAAAAUGUUGAGUAUUUCUUCAAAAUGAUAGGCCAAGGUUUUUAAAUUAUUUAUAAUUUAACAAAAAUAUUUAUUGGGAUAUUUAAAUGAAUAUAUUCCAAAUAUAAGGCUUUUUCAGUUACAUUUCAUUGUCCAUUUGUCUAUUAUUUUUGAUUACAUAGUAAAGAAUCUUCCUUGUUUUGUAUGAUAUUUAGCAACAACUCUUGAAUUUUGAGUAUAUAGUUUUGCUAUAUAAACAUAACGUAGCUAAUUGAUUUAAUACUUAUACAAUCCUUUACAGAAUUGGAGGUCAGGUGUGAGGUAUCAAAGCUGUAAACAAAAUUCUAGUUCUUUGUUUAUAGAUGAAGAAUUGUAUAAAUUAUUAAUCAGUUAUUUAUUAUUUUCAUGCAGACUUGCAGGUUUAUAGGUAUACACUUAUCUCAGUAUAUUUUGUAGCUUGCAUUUAAUCUUUAAAGUGAUUAAUAAUGUUAUAAUAAUAAUAAUAUGCAUGUUGUUCAAUUUUUUCAAUGCUUCAUUUUUGAAUUUUAAAAUUUUAAUACAUUUCUCUAUUAACUCUCAACAGAUAGGCCAAAGGGCACAUGUUGUGAUGUUUUAGAGAGUUACUUUCAAAAUGUAAUUAAAAACUUUAUUAUAAUUAUAUAUCGAUAAUAUUGUCAUCACAACAUAGUUUAUAAUUA